AUGUCGGAGAAAGAGAUCAAACUAACUCAUUAUGAAAAAUUGAUGAGUAUUUUUACCGGAUAUAACGAUGUAUAUAAUGCAUUAUACAGGUUGAAAACAACAAAUGAAGAAGUUUUAAACUCAAUUUACAAAAAAAUUAAACAAAACCUGAUUGGUUCUUACAAUUUUUCACAAGAUAAAAUUAUAAAAGAUAUUUCCAAUCUUUCGAUAUAUAACAACUCUUACAUGAGGUCAUAUUUAGCUAUCACCAAACAAAUUGUAGACGAAUAUCAUCCAAAACAGGUCAAUAAAAUCAACAAAGUUUUUAACUACCUUUUCUAUAAAGAAUACAGUAUCGUUUUGAAUGAAAACAAGAAAAAAUGUUUUAAAAAAUAUGAAGAUUCUCAUUAUUCUUCUAAUAUUCAUGACCAAUAUACAAUUCACAAGUCAAUUAUGGACAAUGAUAAAAAAGCAUUGAUAGCUUUUACAGAAAGAGAAGGGUUUGAUGAAAAUCAAAGAGUAAAAAGCGAAUUAUAUCCAAAAAAUUCGAUAUCGUUACUUGAAUUAUGUUGCUACCAUGGAUCUGACGAUUGUUUUAAGUUCUUAAGAACAAAUUUUCAAUCAAAAAUCACCCGACAAUGUCUUCGAUUUUCAUUUUUGAGCGGGAAUCAAGAAAUUAUGAAUGAGUGCUUAAAAAUGUAUGAUCCAGAUCAGAAAUGCAUGAGAAAUGCGAUUAAAUCACAUAAUAUUGAUUUUGUUACAUAUUUGAUGAAUGAACACAACUUAAAAAUUGAUUUAGAUUGUUGCUGCUCUUACAAUAAUAUUCAAGCAUUUUUAAUUUAUUUGGAGCAAACAAAUGAUAUCAACACAUGUUUUGCUUAUUCUCCUAUUUUCUGUCUUUUACCACUCUUAGAAUAUUUUAUUUUAAAUGGUGCAAUUAUCAAUGCUAGAAAUCAAUACGGAUACACACCUCUUCAUUAUGCAGCCAGAGAUAAUAACAAAAAAUUAGUAGAACUCCUUAUUUCACAUGGUGCUGAUGUCAACAUAAUUAGAAUAGCAUCAAAACUUCUUCAUCAUGCCAUCAGAAAAAAUUACAUUGAAGUUGCCGAAAUUCUUAUUUCACAUGGUGCUGAUGUCAACGAUAAAUAUAUAUACGAAUACACACCUCUUCAUUAUGCAGCGAGUAAAAAUCACAAAGAAAUAGCUAAAUUAUUUAUUUCACAUGGUGCUGAUGUCAACGCUAAAGACGAAGAUGGAAACACACCUCAUCAUUAUGCAGGCAUAUAUAAUUAUAAUUGCCUAGAAAUGGUAGAUUUACUUAUUUCACACGGCGCUGAUGUCAAUGCUAAAAAUCAACACGGAUACAUCCCUCUUCAUUAUGCAGCGAGUAAAAAUCACAAAGAAAUAGCUAAAUUAUUUAUUUCACAUGGUGCUGAUGUCAACGCUAAAAAUCUAUACGAAUACACACCUCUUCAUUAUGCAGCCAGAGAAAAUAACAAAGAAAUAGCAGAACUACUUGUUUCUAAUGGUGCCGAUAUCAAUGCUAUAAAUAAAGACGGAUACACACCUCUUCAUCAUGCAGCCAGAGGAAAUAACAAAGAAAUUGUAGAAAUUCUUAUUUUACAUGGUGCUGAUAUCAAUACUAAAGAUAAAUCUAAAUUUGGAAGCACAGCACUUCAUCGUGCAGCCUUUGGAAAUUGCAAAGAAACAGCAGAACUACUUAUUUCACAUGAUGCUGAUGUCAACGCAAAAAAUCUAUAUGGAUUCACACCUCUUCAUAACGCAGCGAGACGAAAUAACUAA